AUGCCGCCGCCGCGCCCGGUCCCGCCGCGCCUGGUCCUGCCGCUGGCCGCGCUGCUCUGCCUGGGCUGCGGGGCGCCAGGGACAGUGCUGCCCAGCCCUCCGUCCGUGUGGUUCGAAGCAGAGUUUUUUCACCACGUCCUCCACUGGGCGCCCAUCCAGAAUGUGUCGGAAAGCACGCGCUAUGAAGUGGAGCUGCGGAGGUAUGGAACGGGGCUCUGGAGGCCCGUGUCCAGCUGCAGCCAGACCCCGGUGCUGUCCUGCGACCUCACCAUGGCCACCCUGGACCUGUACGACCUCAAAGAAUACAAUGCCAGAGUCCAGGCCGUGGAUGGAGGCCGGCGCUCCGACUGGACCGUCACCCAGACCCGCUUCUCCAUGGAAGACGUGAGCCUGACGGUGGGCAGCGUGGAGCUGGAGAUACAGGAUGGCUUCGUCCUGGGAAAGAUCCAGCUGCCCAGGCCCAAGGUGGCCCCUGCCGGCCACACCUACGAGCGCAUCUUCCAAUUCCGAGAGUACGAGGUCUCCAUUCGCAAGGUGCCCGCACGCCAUGAGUUCACAAACAAGAAGGUGAAUCAUGAGAACUUCAGCUUCCCGAUCCCCGGCGAGUUUGGGGAGUUCUGUGUCCGGGUGAAGCCGGCUGUGAUCUCCCGCACGAACAAGGGAGUCUGGUCGGAGGAGGUGUGCUUCCUGCUCGCCGCCAAGCAGUACUUCACGGUGACCAACCUCAGCGUCUCCUUCGCCCUGGUGCUGCUGCUCUGCGGGACCCUGGCCCUCCGCCUGUACCUGCACCGCCCGCGGAAGCUGCCCGCCGUCCUGGUCUUCGGGAGGCCCCAUCCCUUCAGCCCCGUCGGCCAGCUCCCCCGCCCAGAGACCCGAGACACCCUCCACACCAUCGACGAGCAGGCCUUCGCCAAGGUGUCCCCGGAGCUGAGGAACUCCGAGCUGCAUGGCAGCACCGACAGCGGCUUCGGCAGUGCCAAGCCGUCCUUGCAGACCGAGGAGCCCCAGUUCCUCCUCCCGGACGCCCUCCCCCAGGCCAGGGGCACCCUGGGAAAGGGAGACCCCCCGGACCCCAAGAGCAGCUGCAGCAGUGCCAGCACCGACAGCGGCAUCUGCCUGCAGGAGCCCCGCCUGAGUCCCGGCAUGGAGCCCCGCUGGGUGCAGCAGGCGGGGGGCCAGGAGGACAGCGGCAUCGGCCUCGCCCACCACUCUGAGGGCCGGACUGAGGGCGGACUGUGUGGCUCAGGCGGGGGUCACGUCGGUCCCCUGGAGCCCGAGGCAACGGAAGGGGAAGACCCGACUGCAGUGGAAUUUCAGGGCUACCUGAAGCAGACCAGAGGCACGGAGGAGCAGGCAGUCACGGUGGGCUGCCUGGAAGAGGAGGCCUCCUCCGCUGAUGCCUCUGUCCCCCAACUCAGGAUGUGCCUGGAUGCCCAGGAAGCCUGGCCCCCACCAGCCGUGGACAAGGGCUACUUGAAACAGGACCCCCCAGAAGCGACUCUCGCUCCCUCGGGGGCCCUGGCUGGACAGUGGAACCCUGCAGCUGAGGAAUGGUCACUCCUGGGCGUGACCAGCUGUGGGGACUUGGGGACAGCUGAGUGGAGCUUUGCCCGGGACCCUGCCCCUCUGGGCUGCGUGGCGGCCCCAGGCGGCCUCCUGGGCAGCUUCGACGCAGACCUGGUCACGCUGCCCCUGAUUUCCAGUCUGCAGGCCAGCGAGUGA